UUACAGGGAGUUGGUCUCGUUUCUAGUGUGCCUCCCUGACACCAGGCUGAGCUAUUGAUGUCUAUAUCUUGGGUAAGGCUCAACUGAAUUUUAUAAAAUGUUAACAGACAUGUGUUUCAAGUUACUCCAUGCUGGAUAUUUAACUCUGUUUUGUGAUGAAGUGGGUUUUAAGUAUUCCCCUGUGCCAUGGUAGAUGUCUAAUUAAACUGGCCCCAGUAAACAAUAGCCUAUACCAAAAACAAUCUGGAAAAAUAUUGUUGGUAUAGUUUGCAAUCCUUCACUGCCACGCAAAACUAUCAUGCUGUGAUUUGACUAAAAUAUGUUUAUUUUGAGUCGUACUCAAUUUAUGAAACUAUUUUUUAAAUAAAUGACGGUUCCCUUUUAGUAAUGAUUCUUUCCGUUUCUAAAAAAUAAAUACAUAAAAUAAAAACGUCCUUGGUAUUAGUUUUAUCAGCAAGCAUCAAUUCAGAACAAUUGCUUUAAACAUUGGGAACAAAACAGAAAAGAAAAAAAUAAUAAUAAUUGCGCCGUGUCCUGAUUUCGCUUGAGCGUAACCUCGCUAUGAAACGCACCCAGCUGAAAUGUUUUCUUGCACGCCUGAACAGGGUCACACGUAACUUUAUACAUACCACAGAAACAGACUAUUUAAAUACCAGCCAACUGUACAGCAGCGAGCUGAUCACUACUUGUUCAUAGUGAGAACAAGCCAGGACCACAGCGACAAACUUAAGCCAUUCUCUGCAGUUCCUUGAAGUAAGUGGUCAUUUUAUCAAGUUCAAUGCUGACAAUGGAAGGAGCUAAUGCCACAGAACAUAUUCCUGCGGAAACCCCUGAACCACACGGCGCGGUCAACGUCAAGGAGAGCGGCAACGAGUACCUGUACAUACUGAUCGUGAUGUCCUUCUACGGGAUCUUCCUUCUGGGUAUCAUGCUGAGCUACGUGAGGUCUAAGAAGAGGGAGAAGAAAGCCAACGUAUUCUUAUUGUACGAAGAGGAGGAGAGGGAAUGGGGAGGCGCGGUGAAGAAGCACAGACUGCCUUACGGUUCAGGCCUCAGAGCAGUCCAGGUGUCGCUGCCCUUCAGUGCCCUGUCGGAGAGUAGGGUCUCUGCGGCGUUCGCCUGUGCUCUGUGUUCCAUGGAGGAAAUUAGCGUGAGUUCGGUGUGUUUGUCCGCGGAUAUCCCCUUAGUCAUCGAGGAAGAAUCUGACAGCGAGAACAGAGAAGGCUCCAGCGCGCUUCUUAAAGAGAACUCUGAAAACAGCCAAGGUUCAUCAGAAGUCAUCAAUGAAACAGCUAGCUAGCACAGCACCUAUACAUUAGCGUAUUAUUAUUAAUAAUAAUAAUAAUAAUAAUAAUACACUGAGGAAAAAUAAAAAUGUUUUCUACCUGUGAGUGACUUAUUUUGGGGGAAAUAUUUAAUUAAACUCUUGCACAGAGCAAUGAUUCAAGCAAAGUUAUAAAGACUGUACAUUUAUUUUAUUAUUUGUAUUGCUAGAUUUGUUGCAAUUAGCCUGGAAUGACUUGAAAAAAAUAAAUCUAAAACUUCAAACAGUUUGUUGCCCUUUCUAUGCUGUAGUAAUAUUCAUUAAUCUCAUGUACAUUUAUUGGCUCCUGUGUAUAUAUUGUGUACAAUAAUGACCUGUAUAUAACUGUUCGGACAUUUGUAUUUAAAUGUUGUUUUGUGUUCACUUUUUUUUUUAAUUUUUAUAAAUGAAAUAAAACUUUUAAA